UGCAGCCUAUGACUUCAUAGUUUUAUUCGGAAAAAAACAUGGCAUCAUAUAUACCCGCUGAUUUGACAAUAAUAUGUAAAGACGCGAAUGAGGGGCAAAGCAACAAAAAAACAAGAUUUGUUCACUAUGAAGAGCAGAAUUACCAAUAUGUCGCACCAUCGCAGAAUCAACCAGCUCCAACGACAGAAAACGAAACAGUCUGUAGACCGUGUCCCGCAUCCUUGAAGUCGGAAAAAACAGAAGUUUUUUACCCAGAUGAUUACUAUCCAGAUUAUCUUCCAGAAAGUAGAACUCAACAGGUUGUUGCUCCAAAGCCAGUUCCCCAGAAGAAGAAAGAGAAAUCAAAGGAAAAAAAGGAUCAAACCUGUCCUUCUCCGAAAGCCAAGGAGAAAAGGCUCGUGUCCUAUGAUAGGACAGAACCAGAGGAUGACAAUGUGAUUAGACACAUCCUCAGGCUGAGAGGAAAGCUUGGGUGGCAGACAAAAUUACCGCACUGUAAGUUGGAUUACAGGAAUCCCGAAACUACAGUUCAGAAGAUUACUGUAAAGAAACCUUUGGAAGAUGAUGGCGAAUUUGUAUAUUGCCUUCCUCGGAAAGACCCUAACGUCUUUUGUAAUCCAUACAAUCUUCAGGUGGUCUCUGCCCACAAAGCUAGAAAUUGCAAAGAAUUUUGGACUAUUACUGCUUCAUUCGUUUCAAAGGUUACCAAAAUAGGUGUCGUGGAAGAUGUAGAACUCAUACCUACUCUGGAAUGGCUAAUAGAAAGGAGAUGCUUCUACAUAUUACAAAAAUUCAAGAUCGUUUCUAAUUUUCGAAUGAAUAAAGCAUUUGUUACUUGGAAAUUGACGGUUAGAAGAAUUAAGACAGACAGAAGCAGGAGUGAUUCAGUGGCAGAAAAGGAAGGAAUUAGAGAAUUUUUUGAGUCAAGCUUCUCUAAAGAUGCCAGACCACAUAUCAAGCUGCCUGUAUAUCGACGUUUAUUAAAAAAAAUUUUGAGGUUUUUCAUGCUGGUUGACUACAUAUUUCAGGAGCUCAUCCGCCAGCUGAUGAACACUGCAGUCACUCUACUUUUGGAAUUAUUUCAUAGUUCUGCUAGAAUGCCAUUUUCAGCGGAAAAAAGGAAUGAAAACCUAAUCAAAACAUACAAGGAUAUCUUUGCUCUUACUGGAAGGAUAACAAAUGAUAAUGAAGAACUUGUUAUUAAUUCAAACAUAUAUGCUACUGCUGUUCCAAAGUCAGACUUAAAAGCAGAAGCGGAUAUUAAUGAGGUUUUCAAUUCCAUUAAAUUGGAUAAGGACCUGACAAAAUACGCACCGGUAUUUGAAGUCAAUCUACACUUGAGAAUUCCUUCUGAGAGGGAUUCUUUGAGCAGCUCCAGAGAGAGCUUCCAGGAAUCCGAGCGGUCCUCGGAGAAAUCCGCGCUGUACCAGGAGGAGGAAAUGCCAGAGAGUGAAGUCAGCAGCGUCAAACCCUCCAGCGAUGAGCUGCUAGUGAUGCGGCCGAAACCCACCACGUUUUUAGAAUUCCCUACGAAUCUCUUAAUUGCUCCCAACAGACUCGACCUCUCAAUAAAAAUUCAGAAUAUGCUGGCUGAUCUUGAGAAAUGCAUAACCCAAAUUAUUCCUCUUGACCGAGAUCCCCGCCUGGCUGAUUUCACGGAUCCGGAGUUAUUGAGUGCGACAGAAAGGGGGGCAGACGCUAAGGAGCCACCCCCAUGGCCAGAUUGUCAGAUCCUGUUUGAAACGGACCCUGCCUACCAAAACAAAAUUGUGUGCCUCCUGACCAUCCUUGGCAAUUCGAUGAACCUGGUGAACGGUUACAGCCGCCGGUUCACAAAAUACUGCGUGAUGGUCGAGCGGGCCAAAGUCACGAGUAUGAAAAUAGCCCUGAUGGACGAGCUGACCUCCGCAGAGUUUAGGGCCAUCCUCGGCAAGUUCCUCAGCUACCUCAGAGAGGUGGUCAGUAUGGUCACCGAGAAGCGCAUUGGCAUCUUCAACGUGGUCAGCGCCGACUACCAGUCGGAGUGCUUGCCGCACGUGGAGGACACCCUGCAGACCAGCCAGGCCCUCCUGCGGUCCGUCAUCAAAAAGAAGAACACGCAUCUACUGGAAGUCAUAGAAUCAUCAUUGAAAAAACUGGAGUGUCAUCCCAUUGAAAUUGAAGAAUUCGUGGAACAUUUUACUUUUCUGGAUGCAAUUUCCUCCAAAAUAUCUAAAUUAGAGAAAGAGUACUCAACCAUUGGCCAGCUGUAUUCCGUUCUGACUUACUACCAGGUCUAUAUUUCAGAAGAGCAAGUCGCCACCCAUAAAGUCCUUCUGAUCAGGUUCACUCAGCUGAAAAGUGCUGUGAAGCUAAGCAAACUGAACAAGGACGCCGCCGUUGGCAAGUUCAGAGACAACCUGGAAGCGUAUGUCACCGAUCUGAGGACCGACGCCAGUAAUUUGAAGGCCAAAGUGAGGACGCCUGUCCUGUUGCACAUGGGGACCCCGGCGUCCACCGCGAUGGAGAUGGUCCAGUCCUUCUCCCAGGAAGCCGCCACCCUCGCCAACAAGGUCCAGAUCUGCGCCAACUACCAGGAGUCCAUCAGCGAGGCCCAGUCGCACCUGCACCCCCUGAACGUGGAGGAGCUCACCCAGGCGGUGGCGGCCGACAUCUCCGACAUCGACUACGAGCUGACCUUGAGGAAGAUCCUGUGGGAGGCGCAGGAGGAGUGGCGGGCGCUCUUCCAGGAGUGGCGGGCCAGCACCCUUCACGACAUCGACAUAGAAUCGGUGCAGAGCAACGUGUCCAAGUGGCUGAGCCUGAUCUUGGUCCUGGAAAAAGCAUCACCAGGGAAAUGGGUCAGUGCAGAGGUGCCAUGCCCGUGCGAGCAGAUGUGUCAGUAUGAAAAUGAAAUCAAUGACAUCUCAACCUCAGCCACGCACGAAGCUGCCCUUGAAAAGCUGCUGUUUAAGAUCAUCGACCUGUGGAAGACGACCCCUUUGCACUUGGUCCUUCAUCACACGGAGACGGACGAGAUCCUCAUCAUUUCGUCUCUGGAUGACUUGCUGGCCCAGCUGGAGGAGUCGCAGGUCAUGCUCGCCACCGUGAAAGGGUCCUCGUAUAGCGAGCCCAUCAAGGGUCUUGUGGAAAAAUGGGAUCAAAAGUUGACUCUCUUCUCGCACACCCUGGAGGAGUGGGUGAACUGUCAAAGAUCUUGGCUUUACCUUGAACCCGUCUUCAAUUCUUUGGAGGUAAAAAGGCAGCUCCCAGCAGAAUCAGAACUCUUCUCUCAGGUGAUGGACACGUGGAAGGAGAUCAUGUUAAAAAUCCAGAACAAGCUGAACGCGUUGGGAAUAGCCAUCUCCUCGGGCGUCCUGGGGAUCCUGAGGAACUGUAACGCCUCCCUCGAACGUAUAAAGAAAAGCCUGGAGGACUACCUUGAAGUUAAAAGGAUGAUUUUCCCAAGAUUCUACUUCCUUAGCAACGAGGAACUUCUCGCGAUCCUGGCGGGGAGCAGCGACCCCGAGUCCGUCCAGCCCCACCUGGUGAAAUGCUUUGAGAACAUCAAGCAGCUGCUGAUCUGGAAGCAGGAGAUCGGCCCCCCCACCGUGAUAAUGCUCAUCUCCAAUGAAGGGGAGGCCCUGUUGCUGCCCAAAUUUGUGAAGGAAGGGAUCGAGGAAUGGAGCCGCCAGCAGUUUUCCAGCUGGGUGGUGUCCCACCCAGGACAAGUGGUGCUCACCGUGUUACCUUUUCAGAGCCAGAUCAUGUUUUACAACGAUUGCACCAAAAGUUUCACGAGUUCUGAUCCGAGAGAAGGGCUGGAAAAAGCCCACGCGGAUCUGAUACAACACUUAGAGCAGAUCGCAGGGCUGGUGGUGCUGGACACGAGCAACGCUCGGACGAAAGUGGUCCUGGGGGCAUUGAUCACGCUCUACGUUCACUGCAAAGACAUAGUGAGCGAUUUACUGCUUAAAAACAUCUUCAACGCCGAGGAUUUUGAGUGGACAAGACAUCUGCAGUAUAAAUGGAAUGAAAAACAGAUGUUGUGCUACGUCUCCCAAGGCGAUGCCAGGUUCACGUACGGCUACGAGUACUUGGGCUGCACGCCCCGGCUGGUCAUCACGCCUCUCACCAACAGGUGCUGGCUCACUCUCACCGGGGCGCUGCACCUGAACAUGGGGGGCUGUCCUUCGGGCCCCAACGGCACCGGAAAAACCGAGAGCGUCAAAGACCUGGCCAAAUCCUUAGGUAAACACUGUGUCGUCUUCAACUGCUUUGAGGAUCUGGAUUAUAAGAUAAUGGGAAGAUUCUUCUUUGGACUAGUUCAGUCAGGCGCGUGGUUUUGUUUCGAUGAAUUCAAUCAGAUUGAUGUGGAAAUCCACUCGGUGAUUGCCUCCCUGAUCCAAACAAUUAAGGCGGCUAAAGACAGCUACUCCGUCAGGUUUGAACUGGAAGGAAAGAAGAUUCGUAUCAACCUGUCCUGUGCGGUAUUUAUCACCGUGAAUUGCGGGGACAAGGGUCACGUGGGUCUCCCCCAUACCUUAAAGGCCCUCUUCCGCCCGGUGGCCAUGGUGGUGCCCCACUAUGAAAUGAUCGCCGAGAUCAGCCUGUUGGCCGUCGGUUUCCAGUCUGCAAAGUCGCUCUCCAGGAAGCUGGUGAACCUGUACGGGCUGGCCAGCACGCAGCUCUCCCAGCAGGAUCAUUAUAACUUUGGCCUGCGGGCCCUGAAGACAAUUAUAACAAUGGCAGGGAAGAAGCGGAAGUUUAAAAGCCUCUCCGAAGCCGAGGAGACGCCGAUCGUCAUCGAAGCCGUGAGGGAAGCCAGCCUGCCCACGUGCACCGCCCGCGACGUCCUCCCUUUUGAGAACAUCAUCCGAGACACUUUCCCCAAAGCCACCGUUUCUCCAGUCAGCCAGGCUGCCCUGGAGAAAGUAGUAGCUCUUGCGACACAGUUGUUGGGCUUACAGCAAUGGCCAGCUCAGAAGGAGAAAAUCAUACAGUUUCAUAACCAGCUGCAGGCUUGUGUUGGUGUGAUGUUAGUGGGCCCAACAGGUGGAGGAAAGACGACUGUCAGAAGAAUUCUAGAAAAAGCGUUAACACUUUUACCAAUUGAAGAGUUAAUACUACGGACUGAAUUAACCAACUCCAUUUCACAGGUAAAUAGAAGAAAGGGAAAAGUGGAUACUUGGGUUUUAAAUCCCAAGUGUGUCACGGUGAGUGAACUGUAUGGACAACUGGACCCUAACACCAUGGAAUGGACCGAUGGAUUGUUAUCAGCAAUCAUUCGAAACUACGUAUAUUAUAACAGUACAAGCUCUUCAAAGAAAGAUAGCGAUCUUGUACUAAAAUCAAGAAUCUCGGAUUUAGCUAAUGUUUUCCAACUUCGUGCCUUUAAUACAUCAGAUAUGAGUGCUACUACGUUUAAGAAAGGGAUGGAGAAAGAGGUUCAAGUUACCGAAAGCGAGAAGUUCGAUUGGCAGUGGGUUGUCCUGGACGGCCCCGUGGACGUCUUCUGGGUAGAAAGCCUGAACUCGAUGCUGGAUGACACUGGGACACUGUGCCUCGCCAACAGCGAACGAAUCACGGCCGAGAGUCCGUGGUAUCUGGAGAAAUACCCCGACAAGCUAACGGCAGUGCUCCAAAAGCUCUUCGUGUUUGCGUUCACUUGGGCAUUCGGAGGAACUUUGAAACGGGAAGACGAACAUGAAGACGAUGAAAUAAUGUAUUCAAGUUUUGAACCUGCUUCUCUUGCGAAAGUAACCUAUGACUUUGACCGUCUUGUUCACGAAUUGUUUGAAAGCCCAGAAGUAGGUGAGUUCUGGGAAGGCAAAGUCAAAGUUCUGCUUCCUUUCCAGCGGUUCUCAACCUGCAUAACCCUCCCAACCGGCGAGCCGUCUGUCUUUGGGUACUUUGUGGAUCUGCAGCAGUGCGAGUUCAUCCGCUGGUCAGAACUGCUUCCCAGCGUCCAGACUCUAAUUCAAAGAGGAACCUCAAUCCUAGCAGAUCCGCAAGGCUCCGGGGAAAGCAUCCUGAAGAUCACGGAAUACGGGGAGACCGUGAACCACACCCCCACCCGGGAAACCACCUGCCUGUCCUUCCUCAUCAGCCUCCUCCUGAAGAGCUUCUUCCCUGUCCUUCUCACAGGAGACUUUGGUAUUGGGAAAACCAGUGCCAUUAAACAGAUGCUUGCAAAGUUGGAGGGCUCAGGAGGAUUCGAUGUGAAAUAUGGGUCAAUUUUAGGAGAAGUCCUUUUAUAUAACGAAAUUAAAAAGUUAAGGUACCUGAGGCAGAACAUCAGCGCCUUGCUUUCCGAGUCCCAAAGGACGUCAGCUGGAAGUCAAGAUAAGACUCCUAAGAAGUCGGGAAAACUUGAAGACGGCUCCUUUAAAGAUCAUCACAAAGGAGUUAUAACCUCGACCAUCAAUUUUGGCAUCAAGAUGACCGCUGCCAAGACCAAGGAGAUGAUCCUGAAGAAGCUGAGGAGGAUAAAUAAGGACACGCUCGGGGCCCCGAGGAACAACAGGAUUGUAGUAUUCAUUGACGACCUGAACAUGCCGGAAGAAGAUAAGUACGGAGCACAGCCACCCCUGGAACUGAUCAGGCAGUUACUGGACUUGGGAGGAGUUUUUGAUACUGAAAAAAUUGCGUGGAAGAAUAUUCAAGAUCUCUCCCUCGUGGCAGCUUGCAUGCCUCCCGUGGGAAGGGGACACAUCAGCCCACGCCUCCUCAAACACUUCUCCGUCCUCGUGUUGCCUCAUCCCCCACAGAGCGCCCUGCGGACUAUUUUCCAGGUCCAUUUGGGAAUGUAUUUCUCCAUCCAUAACUUCACCCCUGAUGUGCAGAAAAGCAAGGACCACAUAAUAUCGUGUUCUCUCGCUAUAUACUAUCAAGUCUGUCAGAAUAUGCUAACGACACCAACGAAGUGCCACUACCUGUUUAAUCUCCGGGAUAUAUUUAAGCUGCUCCUGGGGCUGCUGCAGGCUGACAGGGCCAUCAUUGACUCCAAGGAGAUGGCCGCCCUGUUCUUCGUCCACGAGGCCGCCCGGGUGUUUCACGAUCGCCUGGUCGAGCAGGCGGAGAAGCAGCUCUUCUACCAGUUUCUCUCGAAGGAGCUGGAGAGCUACUUCCAGAUUGGCAUAGACGGAUGCGGAAAGGAGACUUGUACAAUCUUGGCCUGCUACUUGACGGACCACAAACUCUACCACGUGCCCGUGUCUCAGAACUAUUCCUACAUGGAAUUCAAAGAGGACUGUAAGAAGGUGUUUGUCCAGGCAGGAUUAGAAGGGACCCCCACUGCUCUGGUCUUGGCUAAUUUAAGCCUAGAUCAGGAGGCCUUCCUGGAGGACUUGAACAGCAUCGUCAGUCUGGGGGACGUGCCUGACAUAUUCGAAAAGGAGGAGCUGGACUCGCUCGCCCUGCGGAUCCGGUCUCUGGCCGAAAGGACCGGCUACGUUGACAACAGGCAGGCCGUCCUGUCCUUCUUCCAGAAGAGAAUACGUAAAAGUUUGCAUAUUUUUAUGAUCGUGAGUCCCACGGGACCUAAUUUCCGCCAAAACUGCCGCGUCUAUGCCUCUAUGAUUAGCUCCUGCACCAUCGACUGGUACGAGAAGUGGCCAGAAGAGGCGCUCCUGGUUGUAGCCAACUCUUUCUUGAGAAAAAAUGUGGAUUUAGAGAACAGAGAGAACUUAACGGAAAAACUUGCCCCAACGUGUGUCCAAAUCCACCAAAGUGUAAAAGACUUGAGCACAAAAUUCUUCCAAAAAACCGGGAGGCGCUAUUACGUGACCCCCCGAAGCUACCUGCGAUUCAUGGACACAUUUGCACACAUUUUGCGGUCACGCGAGAAAGAAUUGCAAACCAAGAGGGAUCGUUUCUACAUGGGCCUGUCCAAGAUCCUGGAGGCCAGGGCUCUGGUUACGGACAUGCAGGAGGAGCUCCUGAUUGUCACCCCUCAGAUAGAACAGAAAACAAAGGAAAAAGAAAGCUUAAUGGAAAAACUACAGAAGGAUUCCCAGGUAGUUGAGAAAGUCCAGAUGCUUGUUAAACAGGACGAAGAAAUCAUGGCGGAAGAAGUCAGGAUUGUGGAAGAGCACGCUCAGACAACUGCCAAUGAACUGAAAGGCGUCAUGCCGGCUCUGGAAAAGGCCACCCUCGCUCUCAAUGCCCUGGAUAAAGCCGAUAUCUCUGAGUUGAGAGUCUACACGCGCCCCCCUAACCUGGUCCUGACCGUCAUGAAUGCCGUCUGCAUCCUCCUGCAGAAGAAACCUACUUGGGCGACGGCCAAGCUACUGCUCUCGGAGACCGGCUUCCUGAAGAAACUGGUUCAGAUCGACAAGGACCGGUUACCCGAUAAGGUGUUCAUAAAGCUGAAGAAGUUUUUAACCUUACCCGACUUCCACCCCAAAAAGAUCGCCCACGUGUCUGUCGCCUGCUGCUCCAUGUGCGAGUGGAUCAUAGCUCUGAACAACUACCACAACGUUCGGAAGGUGGUGGGCCCAAAAGAGAUCCAAGUCACCGAAGCCCAGAACGUUCUAAGAAUUGCGCAACAAAGGUUGGCAGAAAAACAAAGAGGUUUGCAGCUGGUUGAAGAACAUUUGCACGUUUUGCGUGCCACCUACAGAGAUAUCGUUGCUGAGAAAGACAUACUAGCAGGUCGCAGACAGCUCGCCAUGAGGCGCAUGCACUGUGCGUCUGUGCUGCUCACCGCCCUGGGAGAUGAGAAGACUCGGUGGCAAGAAACAAUCGAUCAGAUAGACAGCAAGUUGGAAGGGAUUGUGGGCGACAUCCUGAUUUCAGCCGCGUGCAUUGUCUACAGCGGAGUAUUAACAGCAGAAUUCCGCGAGCUGAUUGUGAAUACGUGGGAGAAUCUUUGCACGAAAAACAACAUUUCUUUGUCUUCUCACUUUUCUUUAAUUGAAGUCAUGGCACAAACACAGCAGAUCCGCCAGUGGCAUCAGCAGGGGCUGCCUCUUGGUCAGUAUUCGACGGAGAACGCCAUCAUGAUCCAGAACGGCCUGCCCUGGCCUCUGCUGAUUGACCCCCACACGCAAGCGUAUCACUGGAUCCGCCAGAUGGAAGGGCCGCGGCUGCAGGAGCGCUCCAUCCGGGACAGCGAUUACAUCAGGACGAUUGAAAAAGCUAUGCAGGCAGGAGGGAGUGUCCUCCUGCAGGAUCUCCCUGAAACCUUGCCUCCAAGUCUGAAGAGGAUUUUGAAGAAGGACAUCUACCAGAGAAGAGGCCAGUCUUUCAUCCGGCUCAAUGAUUCUGAGAUUGAAUAUAAUUCCAAAUUUAGGUUAUACUUAUCUACAGAAAUAGACAACCCGCACUUCCCUCCCGCCGUCUAUAACUCCGUCAGUGUCAUCAACUUCACGGUGACCUUCCAGGGUUUGCAAGAUCAGUUCCUGUCCACCAUCGUCACUCACGAAGUCCCUCACCUGGAAAAUCAGCGCUUCCAGCUGCUGGAGAGCAUUUCCCUGGAUGCGAUGACUCUUGAAGAACUGGAGGAAAAGACGCUGAAUUUGCUGGAGAACACACAAGGAUGUGUGCUAGAUAACGAGGAAAUUGUGGACACCCUGAGAAAAUCCAAGAUCACUUCCAAUGAGAUCUCCAAGCGCAUCAGCGAGACGGAAAAAGCAGAAAGCGAGAUCCAGGCCACGCGUAGAAACUACCUCCCCAUCGCCACCCGGGGCGCCCUGCUCUACUUCGUCGUGGCCAGUCUGACCCAGAUCAGCCACAUGUACCAGUUCUCCCUGGACUGGUUCCGCCAGGUUUUCCUCUCCUCGGUCGUUUCCAAAGGCAAGGAGCAGGAGGAACACGGGCUGAAAAGGGAGAAAGCCCCUCCCAAGAAAGUUCACGAACUUGUAAGCCUCUCCAAAGAGUCCAAGUUGAAACCGGAGAAACCUCCCUUAGAGACGCGCCUUAAAAACUCCGUCGAGGUGCUGACCAUGAAUGUAUUUAAGGUGGUCUCCGCGGCUCUGUUCAACCAGCAUAAGCUCUGCUUCGCCUUCCUGCUUUGCGCCGCAAUCAUGAAGAACAACGCCAGCGAGGGUCCCCCCGCAGACGGCCUCGGGUCCCUCCCAGAGGAGGAGUGGAACCUCUUCCUCUACUCGGACAUCUUGAUAAACACCGACGGCGUGAUGCCGCACCCCCCUCCAUCGAAAGCUGCGGGUGUGAUUCAGGCCAAAGGCCUGAGACCAGAGGAGCUGCUGGGCCUGUAUGAAAUGGACAGAGGCGGGCACCUGCGCUGGGUCUCGUACGCCAGGUGGAGGCAGUGCCGGUACCUCAGCCGUCAGCUGGAGGCCUUCUCUGCCCUGUGCCAGUCCCUGCUGUUCAACUGGUCCCAGUGGAGCGCUUUCCAAGCCAGCACGGCCCUGUACGUUCUGCUGGGCACACCUUUCUCUGGAGAAAGGGCUUCCCUGGAGGAGAGCGAGAAAUCGCCCGAGGAAACUGAACUGCCGAAUGAACACGAAGAAGUACAUCGUCCUGUAAAUUUCCCCUGGGAGAAACUCACUCCGUUUCAAAGACUUAUUUUGAUAAAAAUUCUCCGACCAGAGCGUUUGAAGAACGCGGUGAGAAAGUUCCUGACUGAAAAAAUAGGAAGUGAGUACAUUCACAGAACCGGAACUAAUCUGAAAGAGUCCUAUAAAGUUUCCAACGCCAGGACUCCCAUGGUACUCAUUCACUCGCAGGGGGUGGACGUCAUCAAUACACUCCUGAAGUUCGCCCAGGAGUUGGAAGGAACCCCCCAGCACGUGACCAUGAUUUCUCUGGGCCAAGGCCAGGCAGCUAAAGCGGAAGACCUGAUCGCGGACGCCCUCGCCAAAGCCGGGCAGUGGGUCUUCCUGCAGAACUGCCACCUCGCCGCGUCCUUCAUGCCGCGGCUCUGCACCAUCAUCGCCGUGGAGAUGCCCAUGGGGCUGAAGAGUAAUUUACUGAAGACGCUUGGACACGACGGCAGUGGAGAGGUGACGGAAGAAAUAUUUGAAAAACCCAACUGCGGCCCCUGGUGGAAAAGGCUCUUGUUCAGCCUGUGUUUCUUCAACGCUCUGAUCAACGAGCGGAGGAAAUACGGGAUGCUGGGCUGGAACAUCAGCUACGAGUUCAACCCCUCGGACUUCGAGGCGGCCGUGAAGAUGCUGGAAAACACCCUGACGGCCCAGCCGGCCGUGCCGUGGCAGAAGCUGCGCUACCUGCUCGGGGAGGUGGUGUACGGCGGCCAGGUGACCGACCCCUGGGACCAGCGCUGCCUCAACACCCUGCUCUACAGGUUCUGUAACCCUGACGUGCUGACAUGCGACUUCAGCUUCUUCAGUGAGGAGGUGAGAAAGGAAGUUAUUGUCUUACUAGAGGCCUGGUGCACGGAAUUCGUGCCCGAGCUGCUGGGGCUGCACCCGGAGGCCACCCGGGGCUGCCGGGAGGCGCAGGCCCAGAGCUUCAUGGACCACCUGGUGGCCCUGCAGCCGAGGACGGGGCCGCCCAGCCUGGUCAUCAGCCGGGAGCCCAGCAGCGACGAUCUGGUGAUGGAGAUGGUGUCCAAUGUGCAGAAGCGGCUGCCGAUGACGGUGGAGAAGGAGGAGCGGAGGGGCGCCCAGAGCACCUUGCGGAGCAUCAUGGCGGGCACCGUGUGGGAGGCUCUGAAUAAAGGCCUGGAAGGCUACGACCCCCUCAUCCACUGUGUCUUGCUGCCCUUUUUGAAGCAAGAAAUCGAACGCUUUGAUAAGCUGCUGCUUGUCAUACAUGAAUCCUUGAGAGACCUUCAGCUGGCUAUCAAAGGAAAGAUCGUCCUCACCCCGGAGCUGGAGGAGAUCUACAACUCUCUUCUUAAAUCCAGAGUGCCCGAGCUGUGGCAGAAACACGCCUACAAGUCGUGCAAGCCCCUGGCUUCCUGGGUGAACAACCUCAUCCAGCGACUGAAUUUCUUCAACACCUGGGCCAAGAUGGCUUACACGGCCAUCUACCACCGGUAUAUGAGGUUUAUCUUGGCCUGGAAGCACUCUAGCACCAGCCCCAAACUCGAAAAGAAUUUCUUUGAAGGGUUUCCUGCAAGAUACUGGCUCCCAGCUUUCUUCUUUCCACAAGCCUUCCUGACCGCCGUGCUGCAGGACUACGGGAGGGCCCACGGCAUCUCCACGGACGCCCUCACCUUCACCCACCAGGUGAUCCCCAGCACCAUUGGCCCCAAAGAGGAGGAGUUCUCCAUCAUCGUCCAGAAGACGCUCAACCUGGUCAGGAGAGCCUUCAAGAGCACAGACCCCUCACACAUUGGGGCUCACAUUUUCGGAUUAUUCAUCGAGGGAGCAAGGUGGAACCCCGAAGAGAAGAUACUAGAGGACUCGCUGCCCCGCGAGAUAUGCUGCCAUUUCCCGGAAAUCUACUUCCUGCCAACCAAGGUUUCCACCGAGGCACCAGCCGCUGCUAACCCGCCGGAGUCGGAAGGCCACACCUUCGAGUGCCCGGUUUAUCAGACGCCUCAGAGGUCGUCCAUUUCCACAACGACCGGCUCCCCUUCGCACUGCUUAACGUCGGUGUUCCUGCCCACAAGGAGACCGCCCAGUCACUGGAUCACCAUGCAGGUCGCCCUGCUGUGUGAGAAGCAUGCGAAAUAAACUCCCGUCCCACACCAGGUACAUGUGGACUCUGACCAGGUGUACCUGUUCCAGG